ACAACCGGUCAGUAUGGUAUUUCCUUUUAGCUAGCUAUUUCAAAACAUAAUCUGAAAGGACAAAGUUUCGUGUGUAGCUCGAUCUGGCUAUGAUCGCAAAUGGAAAUCGAACGGUCUGAAUGGCCAGCGGUUCAAUGUAGCUAGUAGCUAAUAUAGCUAGCAUAGUCUAGUGUGUGUUCAUGUUGCUCUCGCCUGUAUUCUGUCCAGUAGAUUCCCACCGCUCUCUCGUCACUACAGGAUGCUCAAGCUCUUCGGAGCGCUAGUUCUUUUCGGACUAGCGCUGGCGUGCUUAGCUUCCUGGGUGCUAGAGAGCUAUGACACCUCUUGGCACCCCAAACGGAGUGUUCGGCAGUUCAUCGCCGGGGAUGGAGAGAAGGCUAGUAGGACCAGUCUUCCUCCGUAUCCCGGCGGCGAAUUGGAUAACAUAUUCUGGUUCGUGCAGGUGAGUGGAUCCAGCUGCUAACUCAUUUGGCUAACUAAGUGUUGUCACUGUCACUGUCAGUGUCAAUUGUCACUAUCAAUUGUCAGGGUGACAGCUGUUAGCGAGUAAGUAGACCAAAGGGUAGUAGUGUUCAUGUAAAAAUCUACACUGAAUGGGGUCACAGUCCAAUUUCCUUUUUGGGUGCUAUGCUGUCAUGCAUAGACAAAGUUGGCACCAGCCAGCCAUCAGGUUGUAAGACUUUGAACCCAGUUGUAGUAAUACGUCUGUAGAGAGGAUAUACCAAGUGGAAUAUGUUGUCAAAACUAGCUAGAUGCCCUAGUUUGUGCUUUCAACCCCUGAAUGAUGUCCUGUACCCGCACAGGUGUCUGACAUUCAUAUCAGUCGAUUCCAUGACAAAAAACGAAUUCCAGACUUCGAGAAGUUCUGCACUGAUACCAUUGAAGUGAUCCAACCUGCUCUUGUGCUCGCAACAGGUAUGUCGGACAUUGCUUCUUGCUCAUUAGUUUUGUAGCAGCCCCCAACAUGUCAGCUUGCUGAGUUUCUGCACUAUCACAAGAGCAACCAUGAACCUGAAGUGAGUUAUUAUUUCUCAUAAGUCUGUCUGUCUGUUCCUCUGUCUGCCCACCUAACAGGAGACCUGACGGAUGCGAAGACGGAGAGCAAGGUGGGCUCCCUGCAGCAUGAGGUGGAGUGGCAGGCCUAUCACAACAUCCUGAAGAGGUCCCGGGUUCUGGAACGCACCAAAUGGAUUGACAUCCGUGGAAACCAUGGUGACUAAUAUAAUAUACCUCCUCUAAUAUUCUCUUACACUUAAUGAUUUCUAUAAUCGAAAAAUAAUUGUGGUCCUAUGAACAGGGUUGAUAGAUGGGUAUGGAAUUGGGUCGUAAAUGUCUAGAAAUGUACAAAGCCAGUCAGUUGAAUUGGACUUGGUCAGACGUACACUACCGUUCAAAAGUUUGCGGUCACUUAGAAAUGUCCUUCUUUUUGAAAGAAAAGCAAUUUUUUUGUCCAUUAAAAUAACAUCAAAUUGAUCAGAAAUACAGUGUAGACAUUGUUAAUGUUGUAAAUGGCUAUUGUAGCUGGAAACGGCUGAUCUUUAAUGGAAUAUCUACAGUUGAAGUCGGAAGUUUACAUACACUUAGGUUGGAGUCAUUAAAACUCGUUUUUCAACCACUCCACACAUUUCUUGUUAACAAACUAUAGUUUUGGCAAGUCGGUUAGGACAUGUACUUUGUGCAUGACACAAGUAAUUUUUCCAACAAUUGUUUACAGACAGAUAAUUUCACUUAUAAUUCACUGUAUCGCAAUUCCAGUGGGUCAGAAGUUUACAUACACUAAGUUGACUGUGCCUUUAAACAGCUUGGAAAAUUCCAGAAAAUGAUGUCAUGGUUUUAGAAGCUUCUGAUAAGCUAAUUAACAUCAUUUGAGUCAAUUGGAGGUGUACCUGUGGAUGUAUUUCAAGGCCUACCUUCAAACUCAGUGCCUCUUUGCUUGACAUCAUGGGAAAAUCAAAAGAAAUUAGCCAAGACCUCAGAAAAAAAGUUGUAGACCUCCACAAGUCUGGUUCAUCCUUGGGAGCUAUUUCCAAACGCCUGAAGGUACCACGUUCAUCUUUACAAACAAUAGUACACAAGUAUAAACACCAUGGGACCACGCAGCCAUCAUACUGCUCAGGAAGGAGAUGCAUUCUGUCUCCUAGAGAUUAACGUACUUUGGUGCGAAAAGUGCAAAUCAAUCCCAGAACAACAGCAAAGGACCUUGUGAAGAUGCUGGAGGAAACAGGUACAAAAGUAUCUAUAUCCACAGUAAAACAAGUCCUAUAUCGACAUACUCCCGAGUGGCGCAGUGGUCUAAGGCUGCCACUAGAGAUCCUGGUUCGAAUCCAGGCUCUGUCGUAGCCGGCCGCAACCGGGAGACCCAUGGGGCGGCGCGCACAAUUGGCCCAGCGUCGUCCAGGGUAGGGGAGGGAUUUGGCCGGCAGGGGAUGUAGCUCAGUUAGUAGAGCAUGGCGUUUGCAACGACAGGGUUGUGGGUUCGAUAAAAUAAUGUAUGCACUAACUGUAAGUCGCUCUGGGUAAGAGCGUCUGCUAAAUGACUAAAAUGUAAAUGUAAAUGUAUAACCUGAAAGGCCGCUCAGCAAGGAAGAAGCCACUGCUCCAAAACCGCCAUAAAAAAGCCAGACUAUGGUUUGCAACUGCACAUGGGGACAAAGAUUGUACUUUUUGGAGAAAUGUCCUCUGGUCUGAUGAAACAAAAAUAUAACUGUUUGGCCAUAAUGACCAUCGUUAUGUUUGGAGGAAAAAGGGGGUAACUUGCAAGCCGAAGAACACCAUCCCAACCGUGAAGCACAGGGGUGGCAGUAUCAUGCUGUGGGGGUGCUUUGCUGCACGAGGGACUGGUGCACUUCACAAAAUAGAUGGCAUCAUGAGGAAGGAAAACUAUGUGGAUAUAUUGAUGCAACAUCUCAAGACCAGUUAGGAAGUUAAAGCUUGGUCGCAAAUGGGUCUUCCAAAUGGACAAUGACCCCAAGCAUACUUCCAAAGUUGUGGCAAAAUGGCUUAAGGGCAACAAAGUCAAGGUAUUGGAGUGGCCAUCACAAAGCCCUGACCUCAAUCCUAUAGAAAAUGUGUGGGCAGAACUGAAAAAGUGUGUGCGAGCAAGGAGGCCUACAAACCUGACUCAGUUACACCAGCUCUGUCAGGAGGAAUGGGCCAAAAUUCACCCAACUUAUUGUGGGAAGCUUGUGGAAGGCUGCCCGAAACGUUUGACCCAAGUUAAACAAUUUAACGGCAAUGCUACCAAAUACUAAUUGAGUGUAUGUAAACUUCUGACCCACUGGGAAUGUGAUGAAAGAAAUAAAAGCUGAAAUAAAUCAUUCUCUCUACUAUUAUUCUGACAUUUCACAUUCUUAAAAUAAAGUGGUGAUCCUAAUUUACCUAAAACAGGGAAUUUUUACUAGGAUUAAAUGUCAGGAAUUGUGAAAAUCUGAGUUUAAAUGUAUUUGACUAAGGUGUAUGUAAACUUCGGACUUCAACUGUACAUAGGCGUACAGAGGCCCAUUAUCAGCCACCAUCAGUCCUGUGUUCCAAUGGCACGUUGUUUGCUAAUCCAAGUUUAUCAUUUUAAAAGGCUAAUUGAUCAUUAGAAAACCCUUUUGCAAUUAUGUUAGCACAGCUGAAAACUGUUGUGCUUAUUAAAGAAGCAAUAAAACUGGCCUUCUUGAGAUUAGUUGAGCAUCUGGAGCAUCAGCAAUUGUGGGUUCGAAUACAGGUUCAAAAUGGCCAGAAACAAAUAACUUUCUUCUGAAACUCGUCAGUCUAUUCUUGUUCUGAGAAAUGAAGGCUAUUCUAUGCGAGAAAUUGCCAAGAAACUGAAGAUCUUGUACAACGCUGUGUACUACUCCCUUCACAGAACAGUGCAAACUGGCUCUAACCAGAAUAGAAAGAGGAGUGGGAGGCCCCGGUGCACAACUGAGCAAGAGGACAAAUACAUUAGUGUCUAGUUUGAGAAACAGGCGCCUCACAGGUCCUCAACUGGCAGCUUCAUUAAAUAGUACCCGCAAAACACCAGUCUCAACAUCAACAGUGAAGAGGCGACUUCGGGAUGCUGACCUUCUAGGCAGAGUUGCAAAGAAAAAGCCAUAUCUCAGACUGGCCAAUAAAAAGAAAAUAUUAAGUUGGGCAGUCUGAGAAAUGGCUUUUUCUGACCCCAAACUUUUGAACGGUAGUGUAUACAGUCUUAGAAAAAAGGGUUCCAAAAGGGUUCUUCGGCUAUCACCGUAGAACACUUUGAAGAACCCUUUUUUGUUCAAGGUAGAAUCAUUUUUGGUUCCAUAUAGAACCCUCUGUGGAAAGGGUUCUACCUAAAACCAAAAGGGUUCUACCUGGAACCAAAAAGGGUUCUUCAAAGUGUUCUAUGGGGACAGCCGAAUAACCCUUGUAGGUUCUAGAUUGCACCUUGUUUUCUAAGAGUGUAGAAUAUGGAAAGAAUCCACAAACCUACAGAUAUGUGCAUUCUUUGUGCAUUUUACCUCAAAGCUGAAAAGCUGAGCAGUCAGUCACUUCACUGCUUAAUGCCCCUUCCAUUGAUAUUGAAUUACAAAUGCUAUUAGUGUUGAAACAAGAUAUCUCCUACAGCCUAACUGUCCACCUUAACCUAUUGUUAGAAGCUGCUUCAAAGAACCUUUCUCUGGUAGACAUUAGUUCAGUACAGAAUAGAUUGGACAUGUAGGCUAUGUGAGUUCCUGUUGUUUCUGGUAAGGAUAGAUAUUAAUCAAUCAACAGGAUGAGGGAAUUAAUACCAAGGUUAGAUACCUUUGCCAGAAGAUGGUAUGUGUUCAUUACGUUUUGCAAGGUCUCUCUUACUUAGCUACAUUCCUGUUUUUAUUAUGUUUCUGACAGAUGCCUUCAAUAUCAUUUCAUUGGAUAGUGUCAACAACUACUACAGGUCAGUGUUCACUCUUGCCUGCUAUGUCUGGAAUGAAUGUUAUUUACAUGUGUCAAAGAUACACAGUAGGCCCCUCAAGCUGAACUCUGGACCUCGAAGCCAGUUCCACUGCGAUUUUUCAUUGUUCCCCUCUAACCAGGGACUGAUUUAGACCUGGGACACCAGGUGGGUGCAAUUAAUUAUCAGGUAGAACAGAAAACCAGCAGGUUCCGGACCUCGUAGGGUAAGAGUUGAAUACCCCUGCGAGUAGGCCAUAUGAUGAGUGUCACUUUGAUUCAUGUUCAGAAACUCCUACUAGCUAUAUGACAAGCUUUCUAGCAACCAGCUCUCUUAGCCACCAGUGUAGCUAGUGUGAGUGAGUUGCCUCUCUGUGUUCGCUUGUCUGUGCAACAUGAGCACUAGAGACUUAUUGACAUUUAUUCUAGCUAUCUGAGCUACACUACCAGUCAAAAGUUUGGACACACCUACUCAUUCAAGGGUUUUUCUUUAUUUUUAAUUUUUUUUACAUUGUAGAAUAAUAGUGAAGACAUCAAAACUUUGAAAUAACACAUAUGGAAUCAUGUAGUAACCAAAAAAGUGUUAAACAAAUCAAAAUAUAUUUUUAUAUUUGAGAUUCUUCAAAUAGCCACCCUUUGCCUUGAUGACAGCUUUGCACACUCUUGGCAUUCUCUCAACCAGCUUCAUGAGGUAGUCACCUGGAAUUCAUUUCAAUUAACAGGUGUGCCUUGUUAAAAGUUAAUUUGUGGAAUUUAUUUCCUUCUUUAUGCGUUUGAGCCAAUCAGUUGUGUUGUGACAAGGUAGGGGGGUAUACAGAAGCUAGCCCUAUUUGGUAAAAAUACCUCAAAUAAGCAAAGAGAAACGACAUUCCAUCAUUACUUUAAGACAUGAAGGUCAGUCAAUACGAAACAUUUCAAGAUCUUUGAAAGUUUCUUCAAGUGCAGUCGCAAAAACCAUCCAGCGCUAUGAUGAAACUGGCGCUCAUGAAGACCGCCACAGGAAUAGACCCAGCGUUACCUCUGCUGCAGAGAAUAAGUUCAUUAGAGUUACCAGCCUCAGAAAUUGCAGCCCAAAUAAAUGCUUCACAGAGUUCAAGUCACAGACACAGCUCAACAUCAACUGUUCAGAGUGGACUGUGUGAAUCAGGCCUUCAUGGUCGAAUUGCUGCAAAGAAACCACUACUAAAGGACAUCAAUAAGAAGAAGAGACCUGCUUGGGCCAAGAAACACGAGCAAUGGACAUUAGACGCGGUGUGGGUGAACGGAUGAUCUCCGCAUGUGUAGUUCCCACCGUAAAGCAUGGAGGAGGAGGUGUUAUGAUGUGGGGGUGCUUUGCUGGUGACACUGUCAGUGAUUUAUUUAGAAUUUAAGGCACACUUAACCAGUAUGGGUACCACAGCAGUCUCCAGUGAUAUGCCAUCCCAUCUGGUUUGGGCUUAGUGGGACUAUCAUUUGUUUUUCAACAGGACAAUGACCCAACACACCUCCAGGCUGUGUAAAGGCUAUUUGACCAAGAAGGAGAGUGAUGGAGUGCUGCAUCAGAUGACCUGGCCUCCACAAUCCCCCGACCUCAACCCAAUUGAGAUGGUUUGGGAUGAGUCGGGCCACAGAGUGAAGGAAAAGCAGCCAUCAAGUGCUCAGCAUAUGUGGGAACUCCUUCAAGACUGUUGGAAAAGCAUUCCAGGUGAAGCUGGUUGAUAGAAUGCCAAGAGUGUGCAAAGCUGUCAUCAAGGCAAAGGGUGGCUAUUUGAAGAAUCUCAAAUAUAAAAUAUAUUUUGAUUUGUUGAACACUUUUUUUGGUCACUACAUGAUUCCAUAUGUGUUAUUUCAUAGUUUUGAUGUCUUCACUAUUUUACAAUGUGGAAAACAGUACAAAUAAAGAAAAACCCUUGAAUGAGUAGGUGUGUCCAAACUGUUGACUGGUACUGUGUGUAUAUAUAAAGCUAUCUAAAGCUAUAAAUAGAUGGACACAUACAGUUCACAAGCUAUAUUCUACAGCAGCGUUUCCCAAACUCAGUCCUCUGGACCCCAAGGGGUGCACGUUUUAGUUUUUGCCCUAACACUACACAGCUGAUUCAAAUGAUCAAAGCUUGAUGAUGAGUUGAUUAUUUGAAUCAGCUGUGUAGUGCUGGGACAAAGACCAAAACGUGGGAAACCCUACUGUACAGUAUAAAGACAGUUGCUAGCUCACUCUCCAAAUAUUAACCUCUUUUUGAGACAGUCUCUCAAAAUAUGACAUCGGUCUUGUGUCUGUAUGGUAUUUGUUGAGGUUUGUUCGUCAUCAGUUUAAAUAAACAGGUUCUCCACUUCAUCAUAAAACAAGGCAGAGGUGUUGAGAGCAACAUGUACACCACACUGUAUGCAUUCACCAACUCAGCCGCAUAAUAAUGAUGCCUGUUAUUAUUCCCAGGAAGUACUCAGCCAAUCAGAAAGUUGGCUCCUUCCACUAUGUCCACAAGACUCCCUUCGGCAACUACUCCUUCAUCUGUGCUGAUGCAACCAUCACCCCUGGACCCAAGCGGCCGUACAACUUCUUUGGCAUUCUCAACCAGGUACAGUAUGCCCCCCCACCAGCUUAACACCAGCCUGGUCCCAUAUGUUUGGCAUGACAAAAAACCAUAUGAGUUGGCUAUACAAUACAGCACAAACCGAUCUGGUACCAGGCUAGCGCAACACAGCUGAAUACGUUUUCUACUCUACUCUAUUCCUACUCUGUCAUUCAUUUAGACAUAAGACUGAGACAUUACAGUCUAUUUGCAUAAUCACUUGUUAUGUUCUUAUGCAACACCAUACAUUACAGACUCAGAUGGACCUGUUGGCGUCCUUCAGGACUGAGAGCCACAGCAGCAACCAGACCAUCUGGUUUGGCCAUUACACCACUUCAACGGUCAUCUCCCCCGCUCCAGGGGUGAGAGGGGUGAUGAGGUAACAGAAGUGUGUGUGUGUGAUGAGAUAACAGAAUAAUGUUUGUGGGUUUCUAUAAGCCUGUCUUCAUGUUAGUCUGCCUCUCUAAUUUCAACACCCUCUAAACAGGUUUUGGAUAAUAACUAGUAUACUGUUUUGGUUGUUAUAACAGUUCUGACAUAGGUCAUGGUAUAUUUAUAACAUAGUUAAUAGCGUAGUGGAAAUGGUAAAAGAAGGUUCUGGAAGGCCAUUCAAUUAUUUAUUGCAGACACAUUUUGGAACAAGCUCCUUCUUUAAAGCACUAUUGCAACACAGUAUCAGAAUGUUAUACAUACUUAAUAGCAUAGUUUUUGAAUCCAGUUUGUUAGUUGAGAUUUUUGUACCAUAUACAGUACCAGUCAAAAGUUUUGACACACCUACUCAUUCAAGGGUUUUUCUUUAUUUUUACAUUGUAGGAUAAUAGUGAAGACAUCAAAACUAUGAAAUAACACAUGGGAUCAUGUAGUACCAAAAAAAGUGUUAAACAAAUCAAAAUAUAUUUUAUAUUUGAGAUUCUUCAAAUAGCCACCCUUUGCCUUUGCCCACAUAUGCUGAGCACUUGUUGGCUGCUUUUCCUUCACUCUGCAGUCCGACUCAUCCCAAACCAUCUCAAUGGGGUUGAGGUUGGGGAUUUGUGGAGGCCAGGUCAUCUGAUGCAUCACUCUCCUUCUUGGUAAAAUAGCCCUUACACAGCCUGGAGGUGUGUUGGGUCAUUGUCCUUUUGAAAAACAAAUGAAAGCCCAAACCAGAUGGGAUGGCGUAUCGCUGCAGAAUGCUGUGGUAGCCAUGCUGGUUAAGUGUGUAAAUAAAUCACAGACAGUGUCACCAGCAAAGCACCCCCACACCAUAACACCUCCUCCUCCAUGCUUUACGGUGGGAACUACACAUGCAGAGAUCAUCUGUUCACCCACACCGCGUCUCACAAAGACACAGCGGUUUGAACCAAAAUUCUCACAUUUGGACUCCAGACCAAAGGACACAUUUCCACCGGUCUAAUGUCCAAUGCUCGUGUUUCUUCUUCUUAUUGGUAUCCUUUAGUAGUGGUUUCUUUGCAGCAAUUCGACCAUGAAGGCCUGAUUCACACAGUCCCCUCUGAACAGUUGAUGUUGAGAUGUGUCUGUUUCUUGAACUCUGUGAAGCAUUUAUUUGGGCUGCAAUUUCUGAGGCUGGUAACUCUAAUGAACUUAUCCUCUGCAGCAUAGGUAACUUUGGGUCUUCCAUUCCUGUGGCGGUCCUCAUGAGAGCCAGUUUCAUCAUAGCCCUUGAUGGUUUUUGCGACUGCACUUGAAAAAAGUUGUUGAAAUAUUCAGUAUUGACUGACCUUCAUGUCUUAAAGUAAUGAUGGACUGUCGUUUCUCUUUGCUUAUUUGAGCUGUUCUUGCCAUAAUAUGGACUUGGUCUUUUACCAAAUAGGGUUAUCUUCUGUAUACCCCCCUACCUUGUCACAACACAACCGAUUGGCUCAAACGCAUUAAGGAAAGAAAUUCCACAAAUUAACUUUUAAGAAGGCACACCUGUUAAUUGAAAUGCAUUCCAGGUGACUACCUCAUGAAGCUGGUUGAGAGAAUGCCAAGAGUGUGCAAAGCUGUCAUCAAGGCAAAGGGUGGCUAUUUGAAGAAAUUCAAAUAAAAUAUAUUUUGAUUUGUUUUACACGUUUUUGGUUACUACAUGAUUCCAUAUGUGUUAUUUCAUAGUUUUGAUGUCUUCAUUAUUAUUCUAUAAUGUAAAAAAUUGUAAAAUUAAAGAAAAACCCAUGAAUGAGUAGGUGUGUCCAAACUUUUGACUGGUAGUGUACAUCUGUGAUGUAAUUGUUACCGAUGCGUGCGUGUAGCUCGGCUGUAGCGUACCUGUGUGGUCACCUUCACACUCUGGGUGGCCUGAUGCCUGUACUACACAGCAGACACCCCGAGGGCACCCUGGAACUGGAGCUAGGCGACUGGAUGGACAAUCGCAGGUAAAUCUAUAGAUGCAUCAUACUUUCUACACACUCACUCGCUCACUCACUCGGACUCAAACAAACACAUACACCUUGAGUUGUGGUCUGUUUAAAUUGUGCUAUCCAAAUAAAGUUUAUACACACACACGUACACAACACUGAUAUAUUCAUUUUCUCUCGCUCUCUCUCUCUCUCUCCUCUCUCUCUCUCCUCUCUCUUCUCUCUCCAGGUACAGAGUGCUGGCGUUUGACCAUGACCUGCUGAGUUUCAUGGACCUGAAGUUUCAGCAGUGGCCUGCAGUACUCAUCACCAACCCCAAGGAGGCGCAGUACCUCCAUCCGGGAGUGGAGCCGCUAGGGAGGAUACAGAGCUCUACCCACAUCAGGUGUCCCCUCCUCAACCCUAAACCCCAUGCCAUGACCUCUAACCUCUGACCUACACCACCAUACAGAAUCACCAUCACCCACUCUGCCUUUUUACACACCUACCAUAAAUAUACCACCUAUCUCUAUAUCUCUAUUCCAUAAAACGAUCACCCUUUUCACACUACUGGGCCGAACUGAGCUGCCCCAGUUGCUGGAACUGUGCUGGACAGGGUAAUGUGAAAAGAAAAUAUCGUAACCUGCACUGUACAAUUUAGGUCAGCACAAUAGUGUGAAAAGGUUCUAAAUCACCUUCAUCACCUAUCUCCAUACCACAAAGUUUGCCAACAGUAUUUCAUAUUGGCUCACCUGUCUCUGCAGAUGUGUGUGAUGAUCUUCCCCUAUCAUCCUGUAUUCUAACCCUGGUCUCUCUGGUCCCCUCAGGAUCCUGGCCUUCUCUGAUGCCCCGGUCACAGCAGUUCAUGUCAGUGUGGACGGGGUGGAGAUGGGUAAAGGCCGGUCUACUGGAGGUCCUAUGUAUGUGGUGCCAUGGGAACCCUCUCUCUACCUUACUGGGCUGCACACUGUCACUGUCAAAGUGGAGGUAACACAGCACUUAUUACCUCAUACAGUGGGGGAAAAAAGUAUUUAGUCAGCCACCAAUUGUGCAAGUUCUCCCACUUAAAAAGAUGAGAGAGGCCUGUAAUUUUCAUCAUAGGUACACGUCAACUAUGAAAGACAAAAUGAGAAAAAAAAUCCAGAAAAUCACAUUGUAGGAUUCUUUAUGAAUUUAUUUGCAAAUUAUGGUGGAAAAUAAGUAUUUGGUCAAAAACAAAAGUUUCUCAAUACUUUGUUAUAUACCCUUUGUUGGCAAUGACACAGGUCAAACGUUUUCUGUAAGUUCACAAGGUUUUCAUACACUGUUGCUGGUAUUUUGGCCCAUUCCUCCAUGCAGAUCUCCUCUAGAGCAGUGAUGUUUUGGGGCUGUCGCUGGGCAACACAGACUUUCAACUCCCUCCAAAGAUUUUCUAUGGGGUUGAGAUCUGGAGACUGGCUAGGCCACUCCAGGACCUUGAAAUGCUUCUUACGAAGCCACUCCUUCGUUGCCCGGGCGGUGUGUUUGGGAUCAUUGUCAUGCUGAAAGACCCAGCCACGUUUCAUCUUCAAUGCCCUUGCUGAUGGAAGGAGGUUUUCACUCAAAAUCUCACGAUACAUGGCCCCAUUCAUUCUUUCCUUUACACGGAUCAGUCGUCCUGGUCCCUUUGCAGAAAAACAGCCCCAAAACAUGAUGUUUCCACCCCCAUGCUUCACAGUAGGUAUGGUGUUCUUUGGAUGCAACUCAGCAUUCUUUGUCCUCCAAACACGACGAGUUGAGUUUUUACCAAAAAAGUUCUAUUUUGGUUUCAUCUGACCAUAUGACAUUCUCCCAAUCCUCUUCUGGAUCCUCCAAAUGCACUCUAGCAAACUUCAGACGGGCCUGGACAUGUACUGGCUUAAGCAGGGGGACACGUCUGGCACUGCAGGAUUUGAGUCCCUGGCGGCGUAGUGUGUUACUGAUGGUAGGCUUUGUUACUUUGGUCCUAGCUCUCUGCAGGUCAUUCACUAGGUCCCCCCGUGUGGUUCUGGGAUUUUUGCUCACCGUUCUUGUGAUCAUUUUGACCCCACGGGGUGAGAUCUUGCGUGGAGCCCCAGAUCGAGGGAGAUUAUCAGUGGUCUUGUAUGUCUUCCAUUUCCUAAUAAUUGCUCCCACAGUUGAUUUCUUCAAACCAAGCUGCUUACCUAUUGCAGAUUCAGUCUUCCCAGCCUGGUGCAGGUCUACAAUUUUGUUUCUGGUGUCCUUUGACAGCUCUUUGGUCUUGGCCAUAGUGGAGUUUGGAGUGUGACUGUUUGAGGUUGUGGACAGGUGUCUUUUAUACUGAUAACAAGUUCAAACAGGUGCCAUUAAUACAGGUAACGAGUGGAGGACAGAGGAGCCUCUUAAAGAAGAAGUUACAUGUCUGUGAGAGCCAGAAAUCUUGCUUGUUUGUAGGUGACCAAAUACUUAUUUUCCACCAUAAUUUGCAAAUAAAUUCAUGAAAAAUCCUACAAUGUGAUUUUCUGGAAAAAAAAUUCUCAAUUUGUCUGUCAUAGUUGACGUGUACCUAUGAUGAAAAUUACAGGCCUCUCAUCUUUUUAAGUGGGAGAACUUGCACAAUUGGUAGCUGACUAAAUACUUUUUCCCCCCACUGUAUAUGUUCUAUUAUAUAGAAAUUCUAAGAGGUUGUCAAAUAUUUUGAAUAGUAGUUCAAAAGUUCUCAGAUGUUUUCUCAGAUAGCUACCAGAUGUUUUGUUACUAGUUCAGGUGAUGUGAUGAGAUGUGGCCUCUCUUAUUCUGAGUGUGUGUGUGUGUGUUUGUGUGUUAGGACGCGGUGGGGCGGUCGACGGUUCGAGAACAGCUCUUCACCCUCGAAGAGGACCUCUCCCCCAGCUUUGGUUUCUUCCAGUCCUUCAUCCUGCUCACUGACCACUACAUCCUGGUAAGAAGACAAAGAAGAAUACUUGAUUUUCCUGUCAGACUUGAGAUUUGAACGGGCAACCUUCCAGUUGUUGACCCGCCUUUCUCACUGUAGGUUACUUGCUGACCCAAUCUCAAUACCACGAGGUCUUGCUAACAUUUAACCACCAUGUCGUCACCAGGUGUGACUAGCUGUGCUCUGUGGGUUAUAGACCUAUAUACUGUACCAUCUGUCCUGUCUGUCCCACAGGCCCGGGUAGCCUUUGUCACAGGGAUGCUGCUGAAUAUUGGAGUGCUGGUGGCGUUCAGGUUCAUGCCUCUGCCCACUGUCAGAGGUGAGAUCCGCCAGACACUCCUGUCACAUCACCCUUGGGAGUAUCAAGCUGGUUGUUACCUGUGUGAGAAUUGCCAUAGUUAUUGUUCUUAACCAUCCUAUACAGUGAAAAAAUCUAGGAAUGUUGCAUAUCAUUCCACACAUGACCUCAUGUUCAUAAAUACAUGUAUUGUCUUUAAUACGCAACUUGUUGUCUAUAACCACUCUUUUCGACGUUGUAGUUUUCAAUCUUACCUGUUUUCCUGUGUCUCCCAGCGUCUUCAAGUCUUUCCUCUUGCGCCUGUCUAUCCCUGCACCUGGUCAGUAAAGCCGACACGUUCUACUACUCUCUACUGCUCUUCAACCUCUGCACUGCCUUAGGUGAGUUUCCUACUGGGUCCAGAGGACAACCAUCCAUUAAAAACUCUCUCUGUCUCUCCACCCUGUCAGCCGGUCUCAACUUGCUCCCUACCCCUUGCCCGUGUCCCUUCAAUGUUUAUAGAUCUGUGAGGUGUGAGCCUUUUAAUCCUGUUACUUUGGUUAUACCUAUCCAGACCCUUCAGAUCCGCAAACAUCUUAGGGUUAGGGCCAAGGGGAAGCAAGCCACUUGGGACUGACUGUGUGUGUCCGUCUACUCACCCUCUGUCUCUCUGCAGGUCCCUGGUUCAUAGGAGAGUUGAUUGAUGGUCACAGUGGAGCUUGCUUUGCCUUCGGAGUGGUUAUCGACGGACACUUCCUCGAGGGAAGUCUCACUUAUGUUGUUGGGGUUGUGCAGGUGAGGUGGCUGGUAUUUAGUCAGGAUCAUUAUGAGAUGAUAUUAAGAGAGGGCGGUCAUACAUGCUCAUGACAAGUCUUACAGUGCAUUAUAACUGCAUGAUAUAAUGCAUAAUGCCUGCUGGCUUUUAGUAAAGUUCUACCAGAUUUUAAAAAAAAGUAGGAGACUAUAAGGCAGUGGUCCUAUUUCCGUUAAAAGGGUUACCUGUAGUUGACAAACGCUUAUCCCCGUUUCUUCUCUCCUUCAUUUCCCAACAGCUGCUCUUCUUCAACAUGCCUCUCACCUGUUACCUGUGCUGGAGCCUUCACCUGCGUAGUCGUGGUAACUCCUUCCGCUCACACUUCUUCCGUCCGGGCUUUCUGUGGAAGACUCUGGGAGUGCAUACGGCCAUGUUGCUGCUGCUGGCCUGGCAGGGAUACUCCUGUUACUUCCUGCUGGAGACGUAUGGAUCUCUGGCCUUCUUCCUGUCCCCGGUCCGCACGUGGGCAGUAGGGAUCGCCCUGCUAUUGGUCUACCGCGCCUGGAAGGGCCCCGCCCCCUGUCUCCGUGACGACAGCAAGACAACCACAGCCUCUUGACAGUUGCACUUAUUUUCUUGACUUUCUGCUGGGGGAUUCUCUUAGUGCCAAUGUAUUUAGUUUGCUAUAUCUAUCCACUCUUCUAUACCAUAUUUCAGACUACUCUUUUGUGCAAAGUUCUUUCUCGCUCUCUCCCUUCAAAUCUACUUUCACUCGUGAUCCUAUUUCUGUUUUCCACUUUCCUAAUUUUUAAACAGUUUUAAGAGUCGAGUUGUUUCAUUUGCAUGUUAGUGUAUUGCAUGUGUAGACCACACCCCUAGACACAGUCAGCGCUCUGAAGGUCUUCUUGGUACAGUGAAGUCACUAGUUCAGUAUAUAUUGUGGAUAGAAUUGAUUGUUCAGAAAAUAUGACUGCUGUUCCUCAGUAAAAGAAGGCUGAUGUAGACAAUAUGAUGAAGUGUCUCUCGCCACUGUAUUCUGCUGUGGUAAAAUGUAUGUAUUAGUUGACCACUUGAGACUUGAUUUGUAGCAGUUAUUGAAAUUGUUGCCUAGGCCAACUGCCACACACAUCACCACUGUCAAAGGAUACAUACAAACAGUCCUGCUCUGGCAGUUUUUGUAUUUGGUUAUGGCAAACUAGCUAUAUAUUUUACACGGGUAUAGCAGACCAAUCACCUGACUGAGGUAUUUUACAUUUUUAUUUUGAGCUCUUUGAAAAUCUUCUGGCUUAAGAUAUCAGCUGUUUCUCAGGAAUGGGAGGACUUGAACAAAAAGCUGUGUCCUUUGGUCAGUCAGAAACAGACUAUAUGAUUUUUCAUAUAUUCCAUAUUAGCUCAGUGGUGAAUCCAACCACUCAAAGCAUGUUAAACAAUCAAUAUUUUUUGUGGUGAUCAAAAUGAUGAAUGUUAAAUAAUAGCAAGGGUGAAAUGACCUGAGAUUUUAUUAUGCUGGUUUAAUUUAUUUUGUAUUGUGAUUAUUUCCUUGCACUGAUUUCCUGCAAUGGUGAUGGUUAUUCUCUAUUGAGAAGUUGAUUUGGUCAGCUUUGUGUUGUCUUCUGUCUAGAAUGCAGAUAUUAUUUUUGGGAGAGUUUCAGACCAGCACUGGGUGCUCGACAUAGACUGAAAUUGGUGCCGGUACUGUUCAAAUGUAGGUGCUGGAGCUCCACAGUACUUUUUAGCUAAUAUUCUAUAAGAGAAACAGGCGCUCAAGCAGUAGGAAUGUUAAGGUGCCAGUACUCAGCUCCGGUGAGCUCCUGCCCAAGUCAAGCACUAAUCUGGAAUAUAUCAGG